AUGGCUGCUGUUCCUAUCGCCAUGAAGUCAACUGUCGAAUCCACCGACAAGCUGACAGAGCUGCUUUGGCAGGACGCUUUGGGCAAUCUUCAGUCCACCAACAAUGAGGUUCUUCUUCCCAUCAACAUCGUCGACAUGAUCGGCCAGUGCAAUGUGGACAAAAUCAAGGCUCGUCUCGGCGCUCUCAUUGGCGCUCCUGUUGUCGCUUUUGUUGAUGAGUCUAUCAAUGCUCUCCGUGUCAUGCGCACUCCGGCUUUUUCAGGAACUGCUAUUUCGGUUGCCUGUCACGACAGAACAUUGAGAUUUGAGCAUGAGGCUAUUGCAUCGGCCACCAACGUGCAGGGAAAGACCGGCAUACCAGCGAAACCCGCCAAAGUUCCUCGACCGCCUAAUGCGUUUAUUCUGUACCGUCAGCAUCACCAUCCAAAGGUCAAAGAAGCAUAUCCUGCCUUUUCGAACAACGAAAUUUCCGUGAUCCUUGGCAAACAGUGGAAGGCUGAAACCGAGGACGUGAAGAUGCAAUUCCGUCAUCAGGCCGAGGAUCUGAAAAGAAAACACGCCGAAGAACACCCCGAUUACCAUUACUCCCCUCGCAAGCCUUCCGAGAGAAAGCGUCGUGCCUCCUCCCGCCAGCAUACCAAAACCGGCCAGUCCGCCAAGUCGCCCAUAUCGACUAAUGAUGCUUCGGACGCUUCUACUCCCGGCAUGUACUCGGAGAUGGAGAUGCCAAUGCCCUUGAACGAUGGUCUUGCGGGUAUCGACAUGAUAAUGCCAGAGCAGCAGUUUGAGUUCGACCACGAGGCCUUUGACAAUCUGCUCCAGCAAGUGCAGGAGGACUACGGCAGGGCCAAUCCGUUCUCCGAGAGCUUUGAGUUCUCCGACUUCGUUGCCGACUACUAUUGA